UCAGGGCUUGUGAGUUUCUAAUUCGAUUCCAUGAACAACAACGCGGGGAUAAGAUCAUUGUAUUUGCUGAUAAUUUAUUUGCACUAACUGCAUACGCAAUGAAGCUCCGUAAACCAAUGAUUUAUGGUGCCACAAGCCAUGCGGAGAGGACAAGAAUUUUGUAUCAGUUCAAAAACAGUCCAGAAGUCAACACUGUUUUCCUCUCUAAGGUUGGUGAUAACUCCAUUGAUAUCCCAGAGGCAAAUGUAAUCAUACAAAUAUCGUCUCAUGCUGGUUCCCGGCGUCAAGAAGCUCAACGGCUGGGACGUAUUCUCAGGGCAAAGGGUAAGCAUCAAGAUAGGAUGGCAGGUGGAAAAGAAGAAUACAAUGCCUUUUUCUAUUCUCUUGUAUCAACUGACACACAGGAAAUGUAUUAUUCAACAAAAAGGCAACAAUUCCUUAUCGAUCAGGGAUAUAGUUUCAAGGUCAUCACUAGCUCGCCGCCACCUGAUGAAGGACCUAACCUGAGUUUUCACACGCUCGAUGAACAGCUUGACCUUUUAGGCAAAGUGUUGAGUGCAGGGGAUGACAUGAUUGGUGUUGAGCACUUGGAAGAGGAUUCUGAUGGCAAGGCUCUUUUGAAAGCUCGGCGCUCUGCUGGAUUAAUGAGCGCAUUUUCUGGAGCGGGUGGAAUGGUCUACAUGGAGUACAACACUGGGAAGGGCAAGGGAGCGAAGAAGAAGGACCCGGCUAAGAGGCAUACGCUGUUCAAGAAACGCUACACUUAG